ACCACCAUCAAAAAAACGUGCAAGACCACCACUGAAGAAACGUGCAAGACCACCCACUGAAGAAAUGUGCAAGACCACCCAUCAAGAAGAAAAUCUAACAGUAGCACUAAUGACGACACCAACUACAACAUGCAAGACUAUCACCGAAGAAACCUGCAAGACCACUCAUCAAGAAGAAAAUCUAACGGCGGCAGCAAUGCCGAUUUUAUCAACAAAGAUACUAGCAACA